AUGACAGGUAAUUCCGUCCGUGCACGAGGCCUUCACGAGAGCCGAGCCUUCAAGCGUCCCUCCACCUCUGGAUUCUUCGGCCAAGCGUCAACUAGCGAGACGGGAUCACUGAUAACGCCCUCCAGACAGCAGCUUAGCCCUUCGGGUCGAUUACCAUCACCAUCCACCAAGCAGCAUCAACAACACCACCAUAACAACCACUACAGCCCACUCGACCAGCAUAGCCACCAUACUCCACAAAAUCCACGUAUGAAUCAGCUUCAUCAUCAUCAUCAUCAUCAUCCUCCUCCUCCCCAUCCUCAUCAAAACCAGCAGCAGCAUCACACUUUUCAGCCUCAUCAGCUGCCGCUACUCCAGCCACCUGAUGGCGAAGAGGAGAGGGAGGAGGAGACCGAGAACGAAACCGAGCCAAACACGCCACCAAAUGUUGGCCAUUCGAGCAGCCUUGGGCCAAAUGGAGCAGGAGGAUUCAGAGAGUCAGUGAACCUCUUAAAUGCGAUACCAAACUCUACUGGAUUUGCUUUCCCAGUAUACCCUUCAAGCGCGUUUUUAGCCUCAUCCUCCAGCACCACAGCCUCCAGUUCUUCUGCACCCUCUUUGUCCGUGAACUCUCUGACCUCUCCCCACUCUUCCUUCAAUCUCACAUCCUCAAAUAUUUUCCCAACCUCCUCUUCGCCAUCAGCCUCCACCCCCAAUACUCCGUCGUCACACUCCUCCUCAAUGCCAACGCCUCUGCCCUCGGCCCACCUUCUGCCUCAAUUCGACCCAGGUCUUCUCUUCAAUUCAGCACUUUUACCUCCUUGGCUCUAUAACGCUUCACGUGGCUGCAUGUCUUCUCUUUCAGUAGGCGCGACUGCUGCUGCUGCUGCAGCUGCAGCAGCAGCUAGCACCAACUCCGGUGCCAAUGGGCUAAUGUCACCAACCGCCUCCUCUUUGAUCCACCUGUUCUCGAAGCCAGGAGACCUGGCCGCCAAGGUGACUCCCUCUUUGGAUGCCAUAGCUCAAACUCUUCAGCAGGCUGGCAUUCGGUCGGCCAACAGGACUCCAGCCAGCCCUGCCUCUCAACACGCCUCGUCUUUGCAGCCUCCUCCUCCUCCUCCUUUGAAUGCCUCUUCUUCGUCUGGUCUGAAGAACUUCUCCAAUAAUCUCACUGCCAGUAUCCCCUCCACGUCCGCAACCGCGUCCAAGAGCCAGACUUCCAAAAUCCCACGUUCUAACCACUCAAGAAGUGAAGAAACCGCGUCGCUCCUUCAGUCUCCUGCAGCAUUUGGAUCGCACAACUUCCUUGCAGCCUUUUUGGCUUGCCUGCAAAAGUCGGCUGCACGAUCCCGCCAUGCGGAUUCUCUUGAAGUUAACAGCCUGCACAACGGUCUCGAUGCUGCCUCUUCACUUGAAGACUGCAGCGGAGGAAGCCUUCUAAGCCUGGCAACUGUGUCUGAGGCGACAGACACGAGUGAACCGGCCAGACAGCUGAAUCCGUUUUCCACAGGUCUCUCGUUCACCUCAAGUGGCAGCCACCAUUUGCCAUCAGAUACCUUUCAGCUUGGCCAAUUUUCCUGCCACCCCCCAGCUUCAUCUCUUCCCCCUCCCCCUGCUCCACCACUAUCUCUGCCUCCUCUACCGCCUCCCCCACCUCCGCCUGCAUCGGUCCCAGCAACCCUGCCCAGUUCCGCAUGCUCGAUUCGCUCCUCACCCUCAAACUCCUUUUCUAUUUCCGCGCUGACUGCAGGCUCCUCAUCUUCUCCCGAGCCAGUUAGCUCACCACCGGGUUCUCCAUCACGCCUUUCGGCAAGACACCAAACCUCCACCACCUCACCCAAUUGCCUGACUCCAUUUUCUGUCCCCGGACUGUCCGAGUCUCUGGCCGAGGCUGAGGCAAACUCGCAACCCGGAUCCUUAGACGUCUCGCCUCAAGUUCCCGUCCAUCCGAGUGACAGUCCCAACCUGGCGUUCUGCUCUUCUUCGCCAGAAACCAAUAGUCGUAGCCACCAUCCUCGACAUAAUCAUCAAGACCAGCGACAGCAGAAGCUGUUGGAUAUAUCCGCCGAUAGCGAAGCCAUAACUCCACCCAGAAUAGAAACCAUCCCGUCUGCAUCCAGUACUGAGCAGCGACAUAAGGUCAUUAAGUUAGAAGGCCAAAUUAAAGAAAAGGAUAUAAAAGAGGCCAAAGAAGGGACAGAUAGAAAGGAUGCAGAACAAAGAAGCCCAAGUCGUGGUAGGUAUGGUGGUGCAUUUGGCAUACACAUCGGUUUGAAGAGGGCGCUCGAGGGCAACUUAUCCAAAAAUGAGAAUGCGGCAGACGAAGAGGAUGAAGAGGCAAGAUCGCCCAACUCCUCUACUCAGGCGCCCCCCAUUCUAUCGCCUGUGCAAGCAGAAGGGAAGCCGAUCGAAUAA